AUGGAGCUGCCCAAAAUCACGGUUGGCGAGAAGGACGAGGAAAUCCGCCCACUCCCACGCUUCACAGGAUUCGGAGAAACCUUUAUGGACGGGCCUCCAACAGAUGGAGAAGCCCCGCUCAAUCCAGAGCAGGGACGGAAGGUUGCCGGCGUCGACUUUGAAAUCAUAGGAUUACGCACUGCGGCCGCAGACACAGGUACCCCCAGCGACGAAGGGGGAAAUGAAUUGGCGGAGAAGUACAGGCGAAGUGCAUUGGAUGUAACAGUUCUGAGGGACCAUCUUGCUCUGCGAGGGGAUGUGGCACUGCAGGCCCAGUCCAUCAGUCAUGACCUGAGAUCUCGUAUGCGGGACAUGGAGCAGGAGCUCCACCAUGAGAGAUUGGACCGCAAAGAUGUCAGUGCAGAUCUCACCCGUCAGUAUAAGACCAUGCAAACAGACAUGACGGUCAAAGUGAAAAAGCUGGGGGAUGAGGCCAUUUUGCUGCGAGAACAGCUUGCUCAGUGUCAGGAGGAGUUGAGGGCAGAAAGGAAAGCGCAUGAGCAGUUGCAGCAGGAGAAGGAUACCACAAUAGCUGACUUACAAAACAAACUGGACAACAUGGAGACCGACUAUGAGAAGAUUCUGCAUGACACUUUGGACAGUUUGACCUCCCAACUGGCUGAGGCUCGACUGCGGUGGGAGCAUGAGAGUACUGUUGUCCAUCAGGAAUACAAAGAGCUGCUCUCUGACUUUGGCUUGAACUCACUGGACAUCUGAAAGGCUCUAAUUAUGUAACCAGGGCCCGUAUGCAUAAAAUGUCUCCUGGUAAGAGUGCAGAUCUCGGAUCCAUGUCCCCCCUUUUACCCCCCCUGUCCAUGUACAUUUCAUUAUAAUCUAAAAGGCUAAAUAGAUCCUAGAUCAGCACUCCUACUCUGAUAAUCUUUAUGAAUACUGGCCCUGAUCACCACCACAUAGUGCCAUUGCUAGUAUAAGAGCAGGCACACCAGGCGCUCGUAUGUGUCAAGCGUCUCAGAGUUGGAGUGUUGAUCUAGGAUCAGUUUUCUUUUUUAGAUAAGAAUGAAUAACAUUACAUGGACAGUGAGGACCUGAUCCACAUCAGCACUCCUACUCUGAGACGCUUGACACACAUUAUGGCAAAGGAAAUAGAUAGAUUCCGUGUUGAUUUGAAGUCAUUCAUUAAC